AUGUCUUUGUCCUUGAAUGAAUACCUCCGCUACGGGCGGCAGCUCAUAGUGCCUGAGUUUGGCCUGCAGGGCCAGAUCUCGUUGAAAGAGUCUCGUGUACUGGUUGUUGGAGCCGGGGGUUUAGGGUGCCCAGCUUUGCAGUAUCUUGUCGGAGCUGGUUUUGGCACGGUGGGAAUCGUGGAUCACGACACAGUCGACAUGUCAAACCUUCACAGGCAAACCUUGCACACAACAGAAACUGUGGGGAUGCUGAAAUGCGAGUCAGCAAAGCUCCAACUGGCCAAACUCAAUCCGUUGGUGCAGAUCAACACUCAUCCGGUGGCUCUCAGUCAGGAUAACAGCUUUGGAAUAUUUGAGCAAUAUGAUAUCGUCUUAGACUGCACGGACACUCCUGCCACCCGGUACUUGAUCAAUGAUACUGCUGUGCUCCUUGGAUUGACGAUUAUUUCUGGAUCUGGACUCAAAACCGAGGGCCAGCUGUCCAUUCUGAACUUCAACAACACCGGCCCCUGCUAUCGUUGUUUCUAUCCAACGCCGCCACCUCCCAGCUCUGUGACUGCUUGCAGCGACGGUGGGGUCCUUGGCCCGAUUAUCGGGAUUAUGGGGGUGAUGAUGGCCCUGGAAGCUAUCAAGGUGGUUAAUGCCGAGUGUGCAAUCCCGAAACGCGAGACAUAA